ACAAGAUCGCCGGCGCCGCUCACGCUCCCUCUCCCUUGCUGCUCUCAAGCCAUGCCGUCGGACUCAACGGCGAGGAUGAGCGCCGGUGGCGAAUGCUCGGCUCCGGUCGCUCCGCCGGCGGCGAAGAAGGUGGAGCACCGGAUGGAGAUGUUCGGCGACGUGAGGAUCGACAACUACUACUGGCUCUGCGACGACUCCCGCUCCAAUCCCGAUAUCCUCUCCCACCUCCGCCAGGAGAAUGCCUACACCGAUUCGGUGAUGGCCGGGAAUGAUCUUGGGAUGAUUCAAACGGAGAGAAGAAGCCACUUUGGAUGAGAUGUAUGGAAAGCUGGCUCGAGACUUGAGAAUAUGGUUAUAGGCAUGUGCGAUUUUAAGAAGUGCUAACAUGUGGAAGUUAGAGACUUAGUGCUCAAC